CUGAUUGGCCAAAACUAAACUAAACUAACCAAUCAAAUCAAAUUAUAAAUCAAUGUCAACUUUAAGUCAACAACGUAAACUUGUUGAACAGCUAAGGCAAGAGGCAAAUUUAAAUCGUCGUCCUGUAUCAGAAUGUGUACAAGAAAUGAUUGUUUAUAUGGAACAAAAUCGUGAUAAAGAUUGUUUAGUCUCAGGAUUUGCUAGUAAAAAAGAUAAUCCAUUCCAAGAGAAAGGUGGAUGUGUGGUAAUUUAGGACGAUUGAUUUCAUUGAACGAAAAACACACACACACACACAAAACAGAACUAUGAUUCAAUGUUUGUUUUAACUUUACGCUCUAUUCUUCGCCUUCUUCUCCUUCUUCUUAGUAUCACAGUUUUUUUGCGGUUUUCUAAUGGAAUAAACAAUUGAAGAAAAUUAGUUCAAUGUUCAAUUAUGGUUGUUUUAUUUUAGAAGAAAAUGAAAUUCUGUUGUUGUUGUUUUAAUUUGUAUUGCCCACAUUAAUAUACAUAUAUAUGCAUUUAUAUGAAUAAUAAUAAGUAUGCUUAUCUUGUUUAUCUAUCAUACUUUUACUGUUAUUAAUAGCUAGGAAUCGCAAUCAAGAUCAUUUGACAAUGAACAUUGAAUUAAAA